AUGGAGGUAAGUAAUAUUAAUAGUUCGUUAUUUCCAGUUGUUAUCUGGGUUAGCCAAAGGCAAACCUCAGUAAACAAAGAUAAAAAAUCGUGCUAACAUUUAUUGCCAAUUGGCAUUGCUGGCAGUGCUGUCAACUUUCCCGGAUAAUCCGGGAGACUCCAGAUUUUGGACCGUAUCUCCCGGUCUCCAGAUUAGAGUCUGAUAUCUCCGGGAUAUUCGCCAUAGUUGCUAUUUCUUGUAGACUCGGGUUUCCGACCGUAAAAUUUCUAUAUUUUGCGUGGUUUGAACUACUGUUAACAUGGAACGUUUCCUCAUAAAUUCUUGUGUGCCAGUGUAAUUUAAGCGAUAAUGUGGCUAAAUAUGAACUGUUUAUGUGCUAUAAACGUCGAUCAGAAUCAACGAGCGUUUUUGGCACAAUUGACGUCAUUAGUGGUGCGAUAUGACAUCAUCUAUCAUCCCUUCCCUAUCAAUUCUCAAUAUCUGAUGACGUGGGGGGUUAACAGCCCUGCAAAGGGCUGAGAAUGAGCCGCCUGUCUAUGCUACCUGCAGCCUCACGAAAGCACCCCAGCCACUGGGGACAAUAAAAUUAAGGCCUUUUUCUUCCCAAACUAAACGAAUAAAUAAUAAUAAUAAUAAUAAUAAUAAUAAUAAUAAUAAUAAUAAUAAUAAUAAUAAUAAUAAUAAUAAUAAUAAUAAUAAUAAUAAUAAUAAUAAUAAGAAAAGAAUCUUUAUUACAAAACCUCAAUUAAAAUCCUAUUUACAAUCAACCUGCUGUUACAAAAAAUCUAAUUAAUUCAUCAAAAACACUAUCUACAAUUCCAUCCGUUACAAAAGAAACCCCUCGUCCUUCAUUAGAGAACAAAAACAAUCCUAUAUGUUAUAAGUGAAGAUAGAAAAAACUAUUCAUUUACAAAUUCUAAAAAAAGGAAGUAACUUAACCUUACAUAAAAGAAGAGGAAAUAGAUAUAAUUAAUAAUAAAAGUUCAAAAUUCUUUAAAAUUAAAAAUUCCAUUAUGUAGAGAUAUUAAGAUCCUGCAAUCGAAUUAUACUAAUGACGGCUAAACCAGUGUCCAUAAAAAGCCCUAAGUAUAAAGCAUAUAGACACGUAUUUCAGAUAUCCGCACUAGCGACAUUUAUUUUACAGUCUAAUGAUUGCUCUAGCUUGCUACGAAACGGCGUUCGCGAACCUCUGACGCAUGCAUGUACCGAUCUUAAGAGUUCAAACGAGAUCUGUGUCCUGAGCCAAGUGAUUACAACAUGAUAAGGCUCGGUGUCUUAGUGAUUACAACAUGAUAAGGCUCGGUGUCUUUCUGAGCUAUCUUGUCUGCUAGAUGCUUUAAGAACCGCUGACACCCGUUUCCCAUUCCGCCAUUGGUUCCAAACACUAAAGGCGUAAACGAACCCAUUUCUACAUCUAACACCCGCUGCUGGUACUUGCGCUUCUUCUCUUCUUCUUGCUCUUUGAACACUUCCGAUGUUGGCUUGCUCUGGUAACACUUGGAUUUGACGUGCGUAACUCUAACAUCAAAAAAUGCCGUAACUCCUCUUGCCCAGAAACCUCCCGCUUUGAUGUCCAACCUUGCCUCAGAACUUGUAACAGCGCCCCUCAAAUAAAAUCGCUCGUUGUCCAGGGGUUGAAGGCGUGGUUCGAUUUCGACAUUAUUGCAGAUCUUGUCGAUGAAUGUCGUUAACAAGUUCCGUACACCAUCAUGUCUCUGCGCUACAAACCCCCCCCUUUUUACAAGAGAGGGCGUGACUAACGGUGAAUUUAUCCCCACAUAUGCAAUGACUUGGUAAAUCGACUAAGGGUAAGUCAUAACGCAAGCGUAGCGAGUCUCUGAACUCUUGCUUGUUGAGGGCUAAACCUUUGUCUGCGAGAGGCAUCGCAUUCAGCCAAGAACUUGCGCCCUUGUCCCUCGAUUGAUUAACCAGACGCAGCAGGCCUGGGGAGAGGCUUGAAUCAAUGCUAUCCAUUUUCUCUUUGGCACUUGCUCUCUUAAGUGAUUGUUGAUGCCUCUUUAGCUCCUCCGUAGAUCUUUCUCCUGGCACCAUGAUGGAACUCUGUGAUGUAAUAGAAUCUACGUGGGCGGUGGUUAUUAGUCUCGAGGCAGCAAACUGCUGCGGUGCCUCGGAUUUCAGAUCAGGAAUGCCUAGACCCCCUUGACCCGUUGCUAAGGUAGCAAGUCUGCGCACCUCGUUAGGGAGAGGCUCUGAUUGACCGAACAAAGUAGGGAGUAGUAAAUCUUCAAUCACUUCCUGGAUUGGAUCGACAUAAUCUUCAAACGAUUCAAUCGUGCGCAUGAAGUAGGUGAACUUCGACUUGUAGCCUUUUGUGAAAGCAAUAUACGCCGCAUGGGGCUGGCUCUUCGCUAUUUCAGAGAGACGUUCGAUUUCCUCUUUCCAUGCACGAACCUUCUCCUCACAAUACUGAUCUUUGUAUUCUUGCGACGCAAUAACUGCUCCCAGAUGGCGCUGACCUUCAGUCGUUAUGUUGACUUCCUCUCCAAACACCCUCUUUGCUUCCUCCGCUAGUUCCCUAGACUUCACAAUAAGCCAGCUCUUUGUCCCAUUCACAAGGUAACCAAACUUUUGUCCUUCCUUACUCAAUUGCCUGUACCAGUUGUAUAAGUGCACUAUACUCCCUCCUCCAGCUGAGUCGUCUGCAAGCCACACCUGUUUAACCAAUGGGCAAUGAUCCCUCAAAUUCUGUAUCAUUAUGGAUGUAUUAAGUGCAUACCAUGGCAUCGCUAGCGGAUCUCCUUGUGUGGUGCCUUCUCGAGAAAGUAUUUCACCUCCCCCACAAAUAAACAGUCUAGAUGGGCUUCUAUAUGUGUUAAUCACAUAGAGCGCCAUUUCUUUGCACAUGAUCUGGAUAUUGUGUAAGGCCGCUGACCUAUUCAUUUGGUUAAAAGCGUUACUAGCAUCAAUUAGCAAUAUUCCAUCUGUUCCUUCUUCAACAAACACUUGACUCAUUGCAUGGAUCGCAGCCUCCGCUCCUGCGUUAUGACCAGCGCAAACUUGUAGGGGACCCGCCGCUUCUUUUAUUUCCUCCUUUAAGAAACCGCUGACCGUUUUCCCCACUAUUCUCCUCAGUACCUCUCCAACACCAAUUGGUCUGAUUCCCGGGUUCUUAUCCAGCGGGAUAAGCCUGCAGGACGUGAAAGCUUCAAGUAAGGAUGGGUGGUACGAUUUCCUUAGCAGAUUUCUUGUGAACACGGCUAGCUCUUCUCUCAAUAUUUUGCCCUCGGUCUUGAAAUUCUUAGAGCACAGGAUUCUCUUAUACAGCUCUGCGUCCAUUCCAGAUGGUCCGGCUGAGCCCUUGGUUUUACUUGCCGAGUUGUAGAUCGAUUCUUCGUCUAUGAGGUCAUAAACAUUUGGCGGAAUAUAAUCAAUUGGGCCAUGUAACAAACUCUCCUCUGCGAUAUCAGCUGCCUGUGGGUGUUUGUCCUGUAGCCCUUGCAGGACAUCUGGCGAUAGGUCGAGCAGACCGGACGAGCUCUCGUUAUCUAGGAGUUUCAUAGCAGCUGUCAAUUUUCCUUGCAGAACCAGCUUUGAGAAGGCUUUGGAUAUGUCUUCAACCUUUCUAGGUUUCUUGGAAUUCACAAAUUUCCCUUGAAAGAACCUCACUUCUUUAAGCAACAAAUCAAUGUCCCCUUGUUUCCAGAGUGCUAAUCGACGCUCUAUUGCUUCACUAUGCUCCUUGCUUUUGGAAGUAGCGGAUGGUUUUUGCAAAAUCAAAGUUGGGAGCACCAUGAAUGCUUUAAGAGCGACCGAGUUCAAGUCAGAGUCUGAAUUAAAUUGCUUAAUCCAGAAGGUUAAUUCUUCAAUGAAACUCUUCCCUGCGCGACCCGAUGGAACAUUGAAUAUAUUCCUCCUGUAGUGGACGAUUUCAUCGUAAACAUCGUUGACAGUAUUACAGAAACAUGCGUAACUAAUACUGCCCCAAGUUUUGUUCUUUGUUUCGGAGGGAAGCACAUCAUAAUCAGGCAGAUUUGGCUUGAUUUGAUUUUUGGUGUUUUGAUCCUUGCAAGUAGCGGUCCGUCCCUGGGGAGCUCUUUGAUCAGCAAUGUCGGAAGAAAUAUGCAAAUUCGAACCUUCGACCACAUUCACGUUUGAUAAAUUUUCACCUUCGCAUUGGGCGGGUUCGAGACCCUCGGUUUGUGACAACAUAGAGGCACCAACCUCUUCUGUUUCGUCUAGAACAGUUGAAGAGUCGCCUCUAACACUUAUUUGUGAGUUUUCAUCCGUUAUCGCUGCUGCGUGGUCGCGAAGAUUCUGAGCUGAUAACCCCAAGUUCACGUAUCCCACGUCAUCCCAUAGAUCUUUCAAAAUGCGCAUAUAUCCUUUCUUGCGUCCGUUCUGAUAACAUGGCGGGUUGCUUGAGCUUUUUAAGCUUAAGGCUUUUUCCCUGCAUUCUAGUAAAUCUUGAUUCAUCUUGUCAGUCCAUUUUAGCCUUCCUGGUUUUCCAGCGAGCGACCGACCUGCAGCCGCCGCCUCCGCCAUACAGAAGUAAUAAUAAUAAUAAUAAUAAUAAUAAUAAUAAUAAUAAUAAUAAUAAUAAUAAUAAUAAUAAUAAUAAUAAUAAUAAUAAUAAUAAUAAUAAUAAUAAAUUAAUAGAUAGAUCUCCAGCCGAAAUCGGAUUUGAGCCUCCACAGCUCACUUGGCUUUUCCCACUUCAAAAUCAGUUGAAACUGCGUGUAUUAUUAUUAUUAUUAUUAUUAUUAUUAUUAUUAGGAAUGGAGGGCACGUUAUAAAACAACGGAGGACGAAGAAAAGGCCUUAGCCAUAGCUUUGGAGCAAUCGCUCAAAGAAUAUGAAGAGAGCUACAGCCGAUUAGUAAGUGCCUCGACGAUUUGUUUAUUGUUAUUCUAGUUAGAUCUUUUUUGGUUUAAUUGAAUUGUUUGAUCGAAAGCUUGUUUAGCAAUACCUGAUAGGUAAUGAAGGACUUAAGUCUACACGUUAGGAGGCCAGAGCACUGGACUGGAAUCCGGAGAAGCCUUGUUCAAGUUCUGUUGUCGUCCAAACUUACCUGAUUUGUUUCUGCAUCUCACUUAUGAGACAACUGCUGUUCUUCCUCCUGUGAUUCGUAGUAGCUUCUUAUUAUUUUACACGAUUAAGCCACAUAUUGUUUUUACACCAGGAACAUAGAGUGCAGCAAGACAGAUCGAGACGAGAAGCUGAACUAUCGUCAGAAGAAUUCCCCACACGAAUUAAAGAAAAUCAUCUGCGAACAAGUCCAGGUAGUGAGAAUGUGCUUUUGGCGCGUCAUGUCUGCAAAGAUAGUAAAGCAAAGAGUGCAUUCAGUUUGUUUAGUAAUUUUCCACGCAAGAAGUAAAAGAACAACUCUAUUAAUUCGUAUGUUUAUUAGAACUUCAUAAACCCGCACAAAGGUUAGCAAGUUUGGGCAGGAGUGCUAGACUACAAAGCGCGAUAUCGGCUGGUUUCGCGCCAACGGCGGCCAGUACCGAUCCUCAAAAUCUCGAGAAAUAAACUGAAGGUACUAUGUUUCUUCGCUUUGACUAGACUAGAUAAUACGCGUGGCUUGGAUGAUCACUUAUCAAUGGCGGCCAUAAACAGUGUCCUCAUUCUUGAAUAAAGUAGUUCUGCCAUAAGUACCCUCUGUUAACCGUUUGUUCAUUUUCUGCUUGUUUUCUGGUUUGCAGUCUGAGUUCUGGGAUGAAAUUCGCUUGAUAUGGUAAAAACGACCUCUUCGUGUUGAUAUUAGGCAUUAUAAAAGAUUUUGUCCCCAGAAUUAAAUGAUCAGCGUGCAAGAUCUCGUUAGGUGUUCUCUGCCAACUGCUUACUUUUGGAUCAAUGUUUUUUUUAGCCACCGUAACAGUAAUAUUUAAUCACCGGUGCGGGCUUAUGAAAUAGUAUUUUUAAGUUAAAAAAAUACCAAGACAGUUACCACUUUUCAUUAGUAGCAACAGGGACUGCGAGUGUAAGCACCGGUGAUGAGCGGAAAGCAAUUCCUCUUUGUCUCCCAAAUAACCGCAAGUGGAAUUCACACGCUCGUGAGUGUACGAAGACAGAACAACAACGCUCGUCGCUGUAUGUGGUUGAUGAAGCCAUUGAGAAGCUCAGGGAAGUCAAAGGUACGUGACCGUUUCUUGUCAUGGAUUGCGGGCAACCUGAAAAAUAAUGUGGAUUGUAAGACAACACUCUUUUGCCGGUACUUUCUUCCUGGUUGUAAAAACCGAAUGAUCAUCAUCACCGGUUAAAUUCUUGUGACGCUCAGAUCUUUGAUAUUGUCAGAUAGUUUAUCUAGGAAUAGCCGGCCUUCGCUCGGUGGGCGCUACUCAACGACACGGGGAGACCCAGCCCUGUGGUCCCACCCUAUUCCUUUCAAUUUGUUUUUGACCAAAGAGGUAUCCCUUUCAUAAACUUUUACUGAAAAAAAAAAAAAUAAAAAUAAAGAUAAAUAAAAACAUGGUACCUCUCUAACACACCCCCUUAAUAGGAAAGACAAAGGAUAAGAAUAAUCACUAACACAAGAAGUCUUCUUUAGUCAUUUUACUGUAACAUUAAAAUAAGUUAGUCUUAUCCUGAAACAUUUUAAAGGUCCUUCUAAAGACUUAAAAGAUAAAUUUUCCGACCCUUUCAUAUACUUUAACUCGUGAUUUCCCUACCCUUUGAUAUCCCUUUAGGGCCGAGCCUCCAUUAUAGGAAGCCCCCGCCCCUCGCCUCUUCUCCGGGGGUGGUCUUCACUGUUACUCGUUUGAAAGAAAGUUUCUCGCUCUUUUAGGUCCAGUGUGCGUGGUGUCAAUUGCCGGUCCUUACAGAAAGGGAAAGUCGUACAUUUUAAGCGAAGCUUUUGAUCAACCGAACGUUUUCCCUCUUGGACAUGAAAUGGUUGCAGAGACCAUGGGCAUCUGGCUGUGGAUUGUACCGGAGAAAUAUAAGGUAAGCAACAAUCUUGCUUUUUACGGUAAAGAUACAAAGCCACAUGAAAUUACCCUGAUCCCAACGUUUAAGUUUAAGAGAUCAAUAUGAACAUUGCAUUAGUAACGCAGUGUGUAUGAGUUCGAAUCACACUGUAUGGUUGAUAUUUUCCUCACUUCAUGAAAAAUUAGAUUUACACAAAUUUGCUCGGGGCAAAUAUGGUGCAAAGAAGUGCAAACGAGGAGGAAAUCAAAGGCAAAGAUAGUAAAUACCGCGCCUGUAUAGCGGUUUACACGGGGUUGUAAAAUUCGUGAGCAAAUGUGAUAUUUACCAUCUUUCCCGUUGUUUAACCUUACUUUGCACUUUUUUGCACCAUAUUUGCACUACGUAAAUUCGGUGUUAAUCAAACUUUUCAUUUCCUUUUUUUUACAUUUAGUUUCAUAGACAACCACUUUUAAGGAGCUUUAUGGGACGGAUUAUCUAUCGCUGUCGUCUCUUGAAAAGACCAUAAAAUGAGCAAUUCCCGGUAAAUUCAGAAAACCGUUAACAACCGAAAAAUUUAUGUGAUGUAAUUGUACUGUGUUGAAAGAAAAACCUUCUUUUUGUCGCUAUGAAAAAUUUCAGCCGUAAACAGCAACUAUAAUUAGUUUGUGGUAUUAAAAGUUUGUCCACGUAUCCUAAACGUUAUUGUAACUACACAAUCAACAUUCCCCCUUAAUUAUUUCAGGAGUUCACGGUUUUGACGGUUUUCUGAGUUUGCCGGCAGUACAACGUAUUAACUUAUCAUCGAGGAAAAAAUCUUUCGUACUUAACUACAGCUUAACUUCCAGGAUUCUAGAGGCCAAGAAUUCACAGUGGUGCUGCUGGAUUCAGAAGGGAUUGACGCUGCUUCCAGUGUUGGUUACGAUGAUAAUCAAAUAUUCACUUUGACGGUUCUGCUAGCUUCCGUGCUUAUUUACAACUCACAAGGUGUCCCCAUGAGGCGUGAUCUCGAAGGACUAGAGCAUCCUUUACUUACCCUCCUUUAUCCUUAUUCUCUCUCUUAUUGCGCUUUGAGCAAUUUCUUGCUUUGUUAAUUGUUUGUUUGCUUCUGCUUUUUUAGGCGGAGACAAAAGUACUAAAAAGGGUGGAGCUCUCAUACAAGGACAUUUAAUCAGUGUGGCUUUAUUUUAUUUCAUGAUACCUCUCUUAUUCGGAAAAUGUAUAUAUCAUUAGGUGGUUGAGAGAGUGGCAGAUUGAGAGACGUUUAAAAUAUAUCAUUUUUAUUUGAAACGGUAGUGGGAAAAUACCUAUUCACCUUAAGAAAUUAACUCUAGUGCAUAAUUCUCCUUAACACAUACUAGUUUUAUAGCAAAGCUCUCUCAAAGAAUCCAAGUUAGAUCAAACCAAGGGGUUGGUGUCAAACAAAAGGAAACAGAGUUGUUUCACCGAACGUUCCCUUACUUCCUAUGGCUGCUGAGGGAUGUAACGCAAGCUAUUCCACGUGAUUGCAAGGAUUUGAAAGACUACUUCUUAAAAAAGGUUAGACGAAAAUGCAAGACCUUUGCAUCAAGACACGCAGUUGUGGUAAAGUGGUUGGAAAUGUGUGUUAAUUACCGAUCUGAUGUUUGUUUCCCAGGGCUCAGUUCCUCAAAACAUGGUUAAGUUUAACUCAGAGUACGCCAAAUUUUAACUGGGCAAGGCUUUAAGGUCGAGGGAAAUGUAUCUGGAGCUUAUAAGAUAACGUUUAGCCUUUAUUCUGAGAUUCAGUAAGUUAAAUUUUGAUAACAUACAGUUAUCAUUUGAACCGGGAACCUAGAGUUAAAAAGAUCGAUACAAUCAUCACAAAAUUUAAUCCUUGGUUUAUUGCGUUGAUCGAGCUUUCAGCCGUAAACGGGCUCAUAGUAUAGAUUCAUUCUGUUUUCCAGGCUUUGUCAUAAAUUUAGCCCUCUGUUCCCGGUUUCCCUGUCGUUGGGUGCGGCUGUCUCAUUCUGGUUAGUUCUGUCUCUUUUCCCUUUUUGUAGGUUUUUAGAGACCAAGAUUCCGCAUCAUUGUCAUCAUCUCGCCAUCAGAGCCAGCAAGUAGCGGAGAGCAUUCUGCGUUACUUUUCUGGUUUUGAAGCCUUCCACUUGCCUCCACCUACAGCUGAAGAGCACAUAAUGAGAACCCUUAACGAAAAUAGGAGUCAAGUACGACGUCAAUUCUUAACUAAACUGGAGGAAUUUAAGACCCUGCUUAAGUCUACUCUGUUUCCAAAACACAGCUGCUUUGAUGGACAGCUGGUGACUGGAGAAGGUAACAAGUCUUUAUACCCUUUCAGUAUAGAGUAAAAAUCAACAGUUCUAAAAGCAUAGUGUUUAUAUCAGUGAGGAUGAGAUACUACCCAAAAAGUGCUUCUGGUCUUUGAUUUAUACUAAUAACAAUGCGUUAUUCUGGCGUUCUACUUUUUCAUGUGAUUUUUUUCCUACAUAAAAGUGAGUUUAAUGUCAAAUAAUUAGACAAUCAAAUAGAAAUUAUAAAGAAUGUCCAUCCGCCACUUUAAAAAAAAUACCACAAUAAUCUUUUUGUCCCCCCCUUCCCCUCCCCCCGCUUCCGAAGUUUUGCAUAACCAUUGUUUUCAGUUUCUCUUGGGACGAUUCUAAGUCCUACGAGAAACUGAAAACAAUGGUUAUGGAAAGCUUUGGGUUGUUAGACAAAAAUAUUGUUAUGGUUUAUUUUUCUAAAGUGGAGAAUAAAAAUAAUUUCAGUACAUAAUACACAGCGAAUACAAAGAAAACUUGUAUGCUUGACAUGUUUCGAGUAUGUUAGUGUCGAUCGUUAAAAUUAGAAUAUGAUUGCUCUAAACUGCAGUUGUUUGAGCUGAUUUUUGAUCAGGGUAUUUUAGGCUAUGCAUGUAUACACUGCACCUGAUAUUGGUCUUGAUGGGUAAUUUCGGAGCGCUUACUUUGUAUCGGAGCAAAAGCUGCAGCCACGUUGAUCUUAAGGAAGUCCUUAGUGCUAGAUGAAAACAUAUCAGAUAGGUUUCUGUACCAGUCCGUUUGUGGCAAUGUGAAAAGGUGUGCAUACCCGCGGCCGAAGUAUUUUCCAUAUCGACAUGAUAACAUACACAUAAGCUAUCCGCUGUAGUGUAGGAUACCCUUUAUUGUGCGAGAUGUUCAAAUUGUGAUCUGUGCGUGUACUGCUGCAUUUUCCUCAUCAGGAAAGGUUUGAAAUUGUGGUUAGUUGUUUUCCUAUAAUCGUUUUAUCUAAGUAGAAAAUAACAAAACAUAGAAAAAGAUUAACUGAAGAGAGAAAUUUCACUAACUAAUAACAGGACUUGCUGCUUUGAUCACUCUGUACGUGGAAGCCAUUAACACUCCUGGUUCUGUUCCAAACGUGCAGUCCGCGUGGGAGACGUUCGUGGAAACAAAAUGUAUCGAAGCCAGAAAUGUAGCUAUGGAUAUUUACAACACUCGUAUGCGGGAGGUUUUGUCCAGUAAGCUCCCGUGCGACAAUGAUGAAAUUCGCAAGGUACAUAGCGAUUCGCUAGAAGAGUGUCAAAGACAGUUUAUGGCCGAAACCACUGGCAUAUCCACGAUAACAACUGAAAAGUACUUACGGCUGCUAAAGGUAAGGUUUUAAUGUACUCUUUGAUACCUUUAAGGAAUGCGAUUGGAUGGAAGAAAUAUGAUUAUAAUGACAUUGACAAUAAUAACGAUGAUGUUAAAAAUGUUUGUAAUGAUUAUGAUGAUGAUGAUGAUGAUGAUGUUGAUGGUGAUGAUAAUCAGAGUGAUGAUGAUGAUGAUGAUGCUGAUGAUGACGACGAUGAUGAUGAUAAGUGAAUAGAGUUGCUUAAUAGUAAGUCUGCUAAGAUACUUGUUCCAGUUACUAGAUCAGAGCAAUAACAUCAGGCCUAAAUUAUGUACUUAUCUGGGUUGAAUUUGAUCUAAAAUGUUGCAAUUUACCCUUACAUUUUCUUGCCUUCCAGAAGGUAGUUGUUUUUUGUUAACUCUCUGCUUAUAAUCUCGUCUGAUUUCUCCUUCCUUUUUGAUGCAUUCCUUUAUUCAGCAAUCGUUGAUCCAGAAGUUGACUGGAUGGCAGACUGAGAAUACCCGGUUGACCAAAGAACUCUGUAAUAAUUUGUUGUCUAAAUUGAAACGACAACACCUGGGUCCAAUCCUUCAUCAACUACAAGGGCAUGGUGGAUCGAAUUUGUCUUUCGACGACAUAAUAGGAGUAUACCAUCGCAUCAAAGACGACUAUGAAGGACAAGCAGUUGGAGCAAAAGAUGCGAUCGCAGCAGCUUUUUUCGAUUUCCAACCCGUAAGUAAUUCCUCGCUGUUAAACGUACUUCAUGCUGCAUUUGACCUUGUUGUGGCUUGUUCUGGUGUAAGGUUAGCUUUGUAGCUUUUCCUCGAGUGUUCUUUUUAUUUUUCGUCUCAUAUUGUUUUUGUUAUUGUUCUAUUAGUUUUUUUUGUUCCGUUUUUCCAGUUCUUUAUGCCGUCGCUCAUGUGCGUUUGUCAGUUCUUUGGCGGGAUUUCCAGAAAAUUCAGACCCGAAAAACCUCCCGUUCCUGGUAAAAUGACAUUAAUUUGCAUUGUUCAAAACUUUGGACAAAUUGUCAACUGUAUUUUUUGUUCCUCCAUUGCGGCCGCGAGAGUAGUUAGAAAAGUUGCGUCCUUAAAGGGGUUUAAGUCAUUUUCCUGAAAACCUAACGAAGGAUUUUUCUGUCAAAAGAAUGCGUUUGAAUAUUAAUUCGACUGCCAUUCUUGCUUACUCAUGAUUAUAUGACCUAAGAUAUAUAGAAUCAGACUAGCUUAGAAGUCAGGCUUCCAAACAAGUCUGCAUUGAAAUCAUUAAAACACAAUUGAGAAAAAAAAAAUGUGAUGAUGAUUGUCACAACUAUUGUAGGAACUUGCAAGGGAAACAAAGCAGUACCUUGAAAUAUUACGACAGAUGAAAAACUUUGAUGAAAAAGCAGCACAAGAAAUGAGAGUAAAAGCUCUUCAAGAGCGAGAGAGAAAGAGACUAGAGGUAAGUCUACAGACUAGAGGUUUCUACUGUGAUGAAGUUUGAAUGAAGAGAUGAAAAAGGAAAUCAAUCAAACGGCUUUAAGGAUUACCUGCUGAUUUUCACACAUACCGUUAUAGUUCUGGAUAUUUGUGAGUUGCCCACAAAGUCGAAUCAGACAUUUUGGAUGAAAAAUUGUUACACAAAGGACACGCUACAGCAAACUAUAUUUAAAAAAAAAAAAAAAAAAUUCAUGGAUGGACGGCUCUCCAUAUUGUCGGUGCAGGUUCGUCAAAGUUUAAAGGAAUACAAGGACGUUUUUACUUGUUAUAUCCUUUCCGUCUUAACGGAGAAAGUGCACGUGAACAUCAAGGUGCGCUUAUUCUAGGACUGUAGAAGAGGGAGGUAAAUAAAGGCUGUCUCGUCCCCAGUUGUCUUGCGUGCUCGCGAGUUCCCCAAUCCCCACUUAGACUUGGGAAAGCCUGUGGAGGAGGCCGAAAUAAAGGUAAAAAGUUUGGAUAAGGGCACAUGUUUUCCCCGAAAAAAAUAUCCUGAAAAAUUCAGUACUAGAUUAGAACAAACUGAGUGUUUGUACUAAGAAGUACAUGCUACAAAAUCGCCCUUGUCUGGCUAGUAUUCUACAAUGACCACAAAGCGACAGUUUUCAUCAUAUUCGAAUUAAGUUCAUUUUCCAGCUCAAUCUAACAAUAUGACAUUUCAUGCACAGAAAUAUCAUGAUGUGUUAAAAUAAUCGAGAAUUAAUGACAGAUGAUUAAACAAUAGACCUUUUAACGAUAUAUACGGCGGCCAUAUUGAAUUAAUUCGAUUUAAGGAGUAUUAUAGGAUGCCCAGGGGGCAUGAGCACAUUUCGUUUGUAUUUUUCGUUUGUAUCAUCGCUUUUGUCUAGUUUAGUAUUAGAAAUGUGGCCUUUCGCUGUAUAUUUCUCGGGAAAAAGGCGAUCAUUAUUACAUCCAAACACUGCACAAGGAUCUUUUUUUCCCAUUACAAUCAUAUUCUAAGAAAACUUAAAGAAAAAAUGUCCCGAAAAGCGCUUGAAAAUACAAACGAAAUGUGCUCAUGCCCCUGGGCAUCCUAUAAUACUCCUUAAAUCAAAUUAAUUCAAUAUGGCCGCCGUAUCGGUAACCUUGAUUUAUUACCAUGAUUACUUUAGGAAAAACAGCUGCGACUUCAGCAAGAAAAUCAAGAACACAAAAAAGAGGUAUCAAAAUUCCCUGUCUAUUUCUUCCUUUCUUUUUUAUUGUUAUCCAAUAAACGAUUUGUACCUUGCACCAUUUGCUUUAUGAACAGACAGGCCACAGAAAAGAUUGGACCUUGACCUGGGGUAUGCCAAUACAUACGUGUAUCCGAUACUUUGCGCAAGUUAAGCUUAGCAGGCUUGACACCCAGUUUUAACCUUUUUGUUGUGGACCUCUGAAACGACGUGUUUGUUUCAUUUUGAUUUUUCCAUUGGACAGUGGUUCUUGCACUCUCCUAUGUGCACCUGUUGUUGUUUCUUCUCUCUCGGUUUUUCCUCACUCAGAAAAAAAGAGGGACUGCUUCGAUUGUCGCAUGCCAUGCGACAAAAUUUUCUUGCAAGAAGGACGUUUUGAGUUAGCAUUUGAAAAGAUAUUGGAGUGCUUAGUGUAUAAAUGACGACAGCCGUUAGCCUGAUUAUGAUUGUCUGUCUUCACAUGUAAUGACCUUCAACCGUUUCAUUUUUUCUUUUCUUUUACUUUUCUUGAAGAUGGAAAUGUUGAUCACUAGGCUCGAGAAAGAGAGGGUACAAUAUCGGCAGCAGAUGCACAGUGAGCUGGAAGCACAGCGAGUUCAAAUGAAAAAUAUGAUGGCAGCAAAUAUGAAACAAGCCGAGCGAGAAAGAGAGGCCUUCAUCAAGGACAACCAAGCCUUAGAGGAGCGCUUUCUGGUUAUGCAAAGAUCAAACGAAGAAAACAUGAAACUGAUAAGAAAUAUGACCGCUUUGAUUGCAAGGCAACAUAAAGAAAAGGAGGUUCUUAGAGAAAAUGCCAAGGAACUGCCCAGGGAUAAAAUGGAAGGCUUGUUAAACGAAAUGAGUGAAAGACACACAGAUGAGGUCAGCGCAUUGCUUAAAGAAACAGACGAUCAGUUUGAGGGAGCCAAGAAGCUGAAGCAAGAAACCAGUGACGAAGGGGAUGAUAAUACAUGCCACAAAAAUUUGGAUGAAGUGCCAGAGAUGAUUAAAUUGAGAUCAGAGGCUGUGGAAGAUGUGCAGAAAAAGAUAACCGAGACUCAUCAGGAACAAGAAGAAGUCGAGACAUCAAGUUACAUAAAGAAGGGAUUAAAAUUUAUUGCGCGAACUGCAGUACCAAUUGGUCAAAUUAUUUCUUUUGUUCAACCAGAAACAGCACCAUUCGCUGUGCCAGCAAGUGCUGCUAUUGGUACUGCUGCUGAAGCACUGUCUAAUGAAUGCAGUAUAAUGUGAAGUUUUAUAGGAAGCCAAAGUAUUUCUAGCUUCAUUAACUGUGUUACCAACAUGUAUUCUAUCUCUGAAAAAGAUGCAAUUUACUCGAUCAACGAACUCGAAAAAGUGCGAAAGUAAGAUAUUAGUGAAAAGAAGAAUGUUUUUCAAUCCAAAAAAAAAAGCUAUACAUGAUUUGUCUGUAAAUAGGAAUUAGCUUAGUUGCCUAAAGGUAUGAAAAUUACCAAUCAAUCGAAGCAUAACCGGAUCCUUUUAUUUUUAAUUAAUUAUUUAUUUUUUCAUUCAGAUGACCUGGCCUGCCUCUUAAAGGCUAAAUCACUCCUCAAUUAAAAGGGGAAAAAAAAACCUCUCUGGACAAGAGGUAUAUACAUUUAGCCAAAUGUUUGAAAACGUGCUUCAAAAUGGCCCAGAAUAAUCGCACAAGAAGCACGGUAUGGUAUGGUAUGCUCGGCGGGGGUGAUUUGGGGGAAGGUGUCUCCAAGGAAAUCGGUGGUUCAGUUCGCCUGCCAAUAUGACGUCACGUCUCGCGUCAGUGACUUUCAAAAUGGCGAGCAAAGUGUUCAUCGAAGAGACGGAUAAAAAUUUCAAAUUUAUUACGGAAAUACUGUUCCGAUGUCUUGGAUUUGGUGAUUUUAAGAUUCUCAUUGUCAUAGGAAUCUAGACAUUGGUCCUUUAUUGAAAGGAAACGUCCAGUGGUGUAAUGAAUUUUAAAAGAUUCGUUUCUAUGGUCGAGCAAAUUUUACGGGUAAGUAUACCUACCGGUCACACCAGCUGUAGCGUUGAAAGAGGAAGCUAAAUGACAGGUAUUUGUGAGAGACUCUGAGCACUGAAUCUUGUUGCUUUACCGCAUUUUAAAACUGUAUUGGGCAUACACCUGUGAUUCUGUAAUUAAAUCCCGAAGACCAAUAAAAGGUUUCGUUUAAUUAUUGUUUUUAGGUAAACCCAGUGGCGAUUUUAGGGUAAUAAUAUUGAUGAAUAAGACGAUGCACAAAAGGCAAGUUUAAAUUUCGCCAGUGGGUGUUGGGUGUAAACUAGUACAGUUGUCAGCGGCAUUUAACACGGAAUUCGCUACCAUUAGAUUUGCACGAGUCACCAUCUUUAACUGGUUUUAAGAAAGGAUUGAAAACUAUCUUAUUAGGUAACUUUUAGAGAGUGGGUCAUUGUUUUUGUGAAAUGAUUUAAAGACGUAUUGUAUAUGGGUUGU